CGGUACCUGCUUCCAAUUAUGAGCCGGAUUAUUAUAUCUGUAACAGGAACUUUGAAAAAACAACAAAUAUUGUUUAUUUAAAGAUAAAAUACGUGCGUAACUAAAAAAUGUGAGGAAUUAUUGCAGACACAAUAACUGAUAUCUCAUUACGUCUUGACCUCAGCUCCGGGUCAGAAGGAACUCGAUAUUACGGCAAGCGCUCUGUCCCUGACUCAGUACGAGCUAAAAACUCAGCAACAUGCGGACCUCACUCAUACUAAGUGUAAUUGUCUACGCGACAACAGUCAUGCCAGCCCAGAGUUUCAGCGAUUCCAUUUCGAACUUCUUCUCCGGUCAAUCCGAGAAGGCUACAAAAUUCUUUGAAGAGCAGAGACAAAAAAUAGAGAGAGCUUUCAACUCUAGUAUAGAGGAAGCGACAAAAAUGAAGAAUACCGUUAACAACUACAUGGAAGAACAGCAGAAUAAGAUCAGCACUGACAUCAAUAACUACGUUGAAAGCGUGAAGGAGAGCGGAAGAAAAGUGGCAGAUUCCUGGUCCUAUCUGCCAAGUGACGAUAGUACAGCGCGCUUAGAAAACCCUGACAUCGUAUUAUCAGUUCCUGCCACCAUCGCUCGCCAUGGAUACAAUUGCGAAACUCACACUGUGAUAUCCCAAGGGUACCUACUUAGUAUACACAGAAUACCUCGCUCGAAGAAGGGAGACAACGUUCCCUCGAAGACGGUUAUUUUACAACAUGGAUUAUUCGCAAGUUCUGCGGAUUGGAUUCUCAACGGCCCCGAAAAAGGCUUAGCUUACAUGCUCGCUGAUGCUGGAUAUGACGUUUGGAUGCCCAAUAUAAGAGGCAACAAAUACUCUAGGGAGCAUGCCUGGUUGAAAACCGACUCCAAAUCCUACUGGAACUUUUCUUGGCACGACGUCGCUUUAUACGAUGUUCCGGCAAUUAUUGACUAUAUACUUAAAAUGAAAGGUGAAAGUACUAAAAUUACAUACAUAGGACAUUCGAUGGGGACAACUAUUCUCUUCGCAAUGCUAACUUUACGUCCUGAUUAUAACAAAAUUCUGACCGCUGGUUUCGCUUUAGCGCCUGUAGUGUUCAUGAACGACAUGAAGUCUUCUUUGAAAUCAUUCGCACCACUAGCUAGCAACGUCGCUUACAUGGAGAUGCUAUACGGGUCCCACGAGUUCAUUCCUAAGCACUCGGCUCUAGGCAGGAUAUCGACUUCUUGCAAAGCAGACAGCUUUGAUGCGGCGUACUGUAGAAACAUUAUCUUCUCCAUAUGUGGUUACGAUGAAAAUCAGUUUAACAAGGAGCUCCUACCAGUAUUUCUGUCACACCUCGGCACUGGUACUUCGUGGAAGACUACGGUACACUUUGCACAGCUGGUCACCUCGGAAAGGUUCCAACAGUUUGACUACGGAGCCAGCCAUAAUAAAAUAAUGUACGGACGAGAAACGCCUCCCGAAUAUGAUCUUAAAAAAGUUACUUUACCGAUAACAUUAUUUUGGUCGAAAAAUGAUUUAUUGUCAAGUGAAACGGCGGUAAAUAUGUUGAAGAAGCGAUUACCGGCGACUACCGACUCGUACUUAGUGCCAAAUGAAGAAUUCAACCACUUAGAUUAUUUAUGGGCCAUCGAUGCCCCUACGCUUUUGAACAACAAGAUUAUUGAAAAACUCGAUGCCGUAUCUUCAAGUUAGGUAAGACUUUUCUCUAUAAAAGCUGUAGGGAAAUUAAAUACCGAGGUUUCUGAAAUUGUGCUUCAAGUAUUAUAAUGUGCUAAAAGAUGAACAGAACUAUACAACUCUUUUCUAGAGCAUGAGAAACAACUGUUCUUCAAACGUUUUACAACAUAACUUACACUGUUAUUAGUAAAAUUUAACAAUUGAUUUUUUUAGGAGUUUAAACUUAAGUCGGUAUUCCUUUAAGUUUUAAAUGAAAUUUAAAUCAUGGCAGAAGAAGUUGCGGAGCGGGAUAAAUAGAGAAAAGAAAAAUAUAUGUAAUAUUCAACGUUGAAAGUAAAAGUGAAAAGAAAAAUAAGCUAAUUUUCAACUGCUGUACCUACUUUGCCUCGUUAGAAUUUUUUUUACUAUAAUUUAGUUAUUUAUAUUUCUUUAUGUUGGCUUACUUUUGAUAACGAACUAUUCGAAUUUUCGUAACAAUGAGUCGGUUUUCAUUAUCCUAACCUUCUGCAGAACACUAGAUUUUGCGAGACAGUUUAGUACAAAUCGCUGUGAGCGGUGAAGGAGAAAAUAAGUUUCUGAAGACUAUAUUCCGCCUCGUGGCUUCGCCUGACAUGUGACAGGGUAGGUAUGAUGCAUGGUGAUACAUGACUAAAAUGUUAUCAGUAAUUUUAGCAUUUA